UCAUCGUUUACAGAGGUUCCCCUUAAUAUCACUUUUAAAAUGAUAGACGCGGCGCUGAGUUCUUCAGGCACUCAGAUUGUCUUAGCAUCGUCAAGCGAUGAGAAUUAUCCCCCAGAAAACAUACUUAACGGAAACACAGAAACAUUUUGGAUUUCCACGGGAAUGUUUCCACAGGAGGUCAUCGUACGCUUUCGAAGUCUGGUAAAAAUUGCCUUGGUUACCAUGCACAGUUACAAUGUGAAGACGCUUAAAAUUGAAAAAAACACCUUAAAUGAUACUCUGGAAUUUGAGCCCGUUGCUGAAAAGGAAUUCGAGUGCACAGAAGGACACCUUCAAACAAACAGCUUUUCAUUUUACAUUUCCCUCGCAGCUCCCUGGAACCGGCGUGACUCACCUGCGCUUCAUUAUUACUGCAGGAUAUGAUCAUUUUGUUUCUGUACAUAGGGUGACUGUAGAUGGAGCACAGGAAUAAUAUCAAUUGUAUUUAAGUCAAAGAACCAGCAUUGUGGGUGAGAAUGUUGAUUGUCUUUUUCCAGUAGAUGUUGAAUGAUUCCAGAUUUUUUAGAUUAGUAUAAAAGCAUUUAUGAUCUCGACAGAUAUCAGCAGUUACUCAGCUCAUGUGAAUAUUUUGUUUGGCCAAUGAACUUGAUACUAAAAUAACUCAUUUGAUUGCUUUGCUACAUACUCCAAGCAAAAAGUAGGAUUGAUUUCCUUCUGUUAAUAUUUUUAUUGUGCCUGAUUGUGAUUUUGAUGUUUUUUUUCCUCCAUGUAAAUAAAAAUUGUAUUUUUUGAUA